CAGAGUAACUGCGUAGGAGAGUUGUGCCAACUCUUAACCACUCUUAUCCACAUACGUUUGCGGACACCUUACACUAAUCGUGUGCAUUUUAGGUUUUGCUGAAAGGAGGGACAAAAUAAAUAGAAUGAUUCUACGUAUUUUGCUGUUUUGUGCUCUCUCAGUAAACUGUUCACAAAGUUGUGUGCUAGACAGGGACUGUAACUAUAUGCAGUGCCAAUUUGGCGGCUACUGUGUACUCUAUCCUCCCAACACACACCACUACUACAAAGGUCAAUGUUAUUGCGCAGCAUGUAAACAAGCUGGUGACUGUCCAUUGUGUGGCCAUCAUCAUGUACAGGGUCCUCAUCGUUAUUGUAGCGAACAUGACAGGCAUUGUCACUGUGUAGAGUGUGUCGUAGACAAUCAUUGCCAUUGUCAUGCCGGCCAAAUUGGUAAAUGCAUUAAAGACAAUCAGAACAGACACGAUUGCAUAUGUCAAGCCACUACAGCCACCACUACUACUACUACUACUACUACUACUACCACUACUCCUACUACCACGACUACUACUGCUCCUACUACUACUCCUACUACUACUACAACUACCCAACAAUACCUGGUAAAACUAGAAUGCCACCACCGGAAGAUCAGCGUCAUCGAAUCCAUCGCAGAGAAUCUACACGUAGAGGACAGCAGGGCGGAGCUGUGUCCCGGUACAACCAAACACCAGACGUCCGAGGCCUUCGUCAUCAACAAGUGUAACUCGACGGCAAGAAGUUCUUGGUCAAAAGGCGAACAGGUCAGGACGGAAUGUUUGGACAAUGUAUCUCAAUACACACCCAUCUCGACAUUUUCUGAUCAAGGAAACGACAUGGCGGCUUUUUUAAUUGAUUGCACGAAAACUGAUGAUAAUGUAAUAUCUGGUCUAACAAUAGCAGUACAGACCUGCCAUGAUGCCCCUAUGGUCAUGAAAUUGAACGAUACUACGACUCCAAGGAUGUCGGAUUUUUACACAAUUUUACAGCGAAAGUAACGUCAUGAAAGCUUCACCUUUGCUUACAUCCAGUUGUGUACAGCUCUUCUACUAAACUUUUAUAACUCUUACAAGAGUUUCUCUUGAUAUUCUUCAUUUUCGUUUCCAUAUUUUGAGUUUGGGUAGAAUUUAUUUCUAACCUCUUAAGCGGUCAGACGAGGCACAGAAAAAUAUGUUGGUACUUUUGUCAAUUAAAUUACAGUUUAGUGUGUACAAGCAAAGUUUAUUUUGAAUAAAAACCAAAAAGUUUUCUUAGAAAUGUUUAAGUAAUUAGAAAUAAAUAGGUUGCCCAUAAUUAUCAGCAUAUUUUUUCAAACACUUUUCUGCUACAAAACACCUCUUUGUACACGGAGGAAAAAUAUAAGAUUGGUGAAUAAGAUGGCGCAAAUGCACAAUCUGUUUAAUACAAUUUUGAAUUUAUCUUUUACAAUUACAUCUAUUUUAAUAAUAUUAUUAAAUUUAAUUAUAUAUUAUUAUUAAUAUUAUAUAAAUAUUGUUAUUAUUUAUUAUUAUACA